CGGGGGGGUAAUUGCAUUUAGGCAAAUGAGGCUGCCUCGGCCCUCCCCGUCUCCAGGUAUAUAAAGUGGGGAGCGCUCCCGCCGACGGCCAAUGCGCACGGAGAGCAGCGCCAGCCCUCCCCGCUGCAGACGGACGUCGAGGCGGCGAUGAGACUCCCGUUGGCUUUCGCCGUGCUCCUCCUGGCUUCGGCCCAGGCGCUGGCCGAGGAGAUGGGCGCCACUGACGACCUCAGCUACUGGUCCGACUGGUCCGACGGCGACCAGGUGAAGGAGGAGCUGCCGCUGCCCCUGGAGCAUUUCCUGCAGAGGAUGGCCCGGAGACCCCGGCCCCAGCAGUUCUUCGGCCUCAUGGGCAAGCGGGAUGCCGGAUAUGGCCAGAUCUCUCACAAAAGGCAUAAAACAGACUCCUUUGUUGGACUUAUGGGCAAAAGAUCUUUAAAUUCUGGAUCCGCCGAAAGGAGCAUAGCACAGAAUUACGAACGGAGGCGUAAAUGAGACAUUCCCCGUGCAUUAUUUAUUAAACUUCAUUUGUUCCAAUGGCCAAUGCAGUGUAAUAUAAACUAACCACUGUACGGAAUAAUUAUUUAUUUAAUAAUAACCAAUGUUGGGGUUUUUUGUUUGUUGGUUUGGUUUUUUUUUUGAGUUGUACAUUCAAUAAAAUUAUUAUUUUUCAUAUUGUGGCAGCGAUACGUGUUGUGUAGGUGCGUUGUGGUUCUGAAAGGACCAGCAACCCUGGUGACGUCUCACAACAAAGCACAUCGUUUGAUAUGACCCGUAAAGUUACGUUCACUAAACAAAGAGAAUAUUCUUUUGUUCAUUGACAGCAAGUCUAUCAGCUUCACAGCCAGUGCAGAACAGAGCUGAUGUACAGUCUAGUGCCUCAGUUUGUUUUCAUGGUUUAUAAUGUACUGUAAUUUCCGUAUCAAAAAAUAUAUUUGUAUCAUUGCAGCAUGUUUUAUGUUUUGUGACUAUGUAUCUAUAUAUUUUAAAAAGGGAGGGUGGGCAAGGUUUGAAUGUGAAUCCCAGGUCUUCAUUUCAUAGUCUGGAAUUUUAUGAUAGUAACAUUUUAAAUAAAAACUACUCUGGGGAUUUUGCAACAUACUUUCUUUGGUGAUAGUGAUGGCGUUAUUUCCCAAGUCGGUCUGGAGUGAGACUCGGAUCCAAGCAACAGUGGUCUGAGAUUGGAAAGAAAUAUCGAAUUGAUGUUUUCCUUCCGUGGGGAGGCUGUGAGCCUCCUAGUGCGGCUUUGGUGAAUGCUUUGGGGGAUUUGCCACUGGAGACAGGCAUUCCUGGGAUUGCUCCGGGUCACAAAAGGUGCCAUCCACCCCAAACCCAAUGGAAAUCAAGAAGUGUGUUGACUGAAUGAAAAGGGCC